AUGAUAACUUAUGCCGAUUUAAAACUUUUUUCCAUAAAUGUGAAAUUAUGGAAAGUUAUGGGUAUUCUAGAAAGCAAAAGUUAUAAGAGAGCUGUGGCAAUCACCGCUUUGCCCAUUGUUAUGAUCUUUGGCGUAUUCUACGACGGUGACCCCGAGCUAAGUAAAAUACUUCGUGAAGGUAUCCGUCGUGCUAACAAAAUUUCAAAAUAUGGCUUAAUCAUCACAAGCAUUGCAUGUUUUGGUACAACAUUAUACCCGCUUUUAUUAGAAAAUAGAAAAUUACCUAUUAAAAUUUCUGUACCAGGAAUUAAUGUAUUAGAAAGUCCCUUCUAUGAAAUAAUAUAUUUUGUGGAAUACUUUUUAAUUGGCCCAUGGGCAUUAUGCACCUACAUACCCUUUACUAAUUUAUUCAUAUCUUGGAUUAUAUUCGGGAUUGUUUUUCUACGUUGUUUACAACAAAAACUAUCAAAAUUGGGCGAUAUGAAUAAUGAUGACAUGUUAAGGAUCCUAAGAGAUUGUGUAAAAAUGCAUAAGUGGAUUAUAAGAUAUCACGAACAUUUGAACGAACUAGUUUCAUUCGUUAAUCUAGUUGAGUUGCUUUUCUCGGGGCUCAUGGUUUGUGUGCUAUUAGUUUUCAUAACAGCGUCAAAGAGUUGGAUGAUAAAAUUUCAUGGUUCAAUUUAUAUUUUUGGAUGCUUAUAUACGCUCUUCUUGUCAUAUUGGCAUGCAAAUGAGUUUUCACUGGAGAGUGAAAAAGUCGCUGAGUCUGUUUAUGGUAUCAACUGGAUGAAUGGCAGUAAAAAAUUAACAAAAUGUAUAGUAAUCAUGAUGAGUCGCAGUCAACAAAGCUUACAGUUCCGUGCUGGUAAUUGGUGCCCAAUGACUCUGGAGACAUUUCAAGCGUUACUAAAUGCUUCUUAUUCAUUUUUUACAUUGAUGCAGCGCUUUUCACCGUAA